AUGGGACGGGUCACAGCAGCAGAGGUGGAGCAGGACAGGUCACAGCAGCGGAGGUGGAGUAGCCUCUGGGUGGAGCAGGACGGGUCACAGCAGCAGAGGUGGAGUAGCCUCUGGGUGGAGCAGGACAGGUCACAGCAGCAGAGGUGGAGUAGCCUCUGGGUGGAGCAGGACAGGUCACAGCAGCAGAGGUGGAGUAGGCUCUGGGUGGAGCAGGACAGGUCACAGCAGCAGAGGUGGAGUAGGCUCUGGGUGGAGCAGGACGGGUCACAGCAGCAGAGGUGGAGUAGCCUCUGGGUGGAGCAGGACGGGUCACAGCAGCAGAGGUGGUGUAGCCUCUGGGUGGAGCAGGACAGGUCACAGCAGCAGAGGUGGAGUAGGCUCUGGAUGGAGCAGGACGGGUCACAGCAGCAGAGGUGGAGUAGCCUCUGGGUGGAGCAGGAAGGGUCACAGCAGCAGAGGUGGAGUAGCCUCUGGGUGGAGCAGGACGAGUCACAGCAGCAGAGGUGGAGUAGCCUCUGGGUGGAGCAGGACGGGUCACAGCAGCAGAGGUGGAGUAGCCUCUGGGUGGAGCAGGACGGGUCACAGCAGCAGAGGUGGAGCAGGACAGGUCACAGCAGCAGAGGUGGAGUAGCCUCUGGGUGGAGCAAGAAGGGUCACAGCAGCAGAGGUGGAGUAGCCUCUGGGUGGAGCAGGACGGGUCACAGCAGCAGAGGUGGAGUAGCCUCUGGGUGGAGCAGGACAGGUCACAGCAGCAGAGAUGGAGUAGCCUCUGGGUGGAGCAGGAAGGGUCACAGCAGCAGAGGUGGAGUAGCCUCUGGGUGGAGCAGGAAGGGACAGGUCACAGCAGCAGAGGUGGAGCAGCCUCUGGGUGGAGCAGGACAGGUCACAGCAGCAGAGGUGGAGCAGCCUCUGGGUGGAGCAGGACAGGUCACAGCAGCAGAGGUGGAGUAG